AUGGCGGAUAAUCCUAUUCCAGGGCCGUCUAGACCAAAACGGCCAACGAUUAGGGAUCCAAAGAGACUAACAGAGGAUGAAAUGUUGAGUUUGAUGUUCUACUCUGACUCUGAGGAAGAACCUUACCAAGAAUCAGACAGUGACUGGAGCGGAGCUGAAGAUGCAGAGCGAGCCAUUGCUGAAAAUGAUGAUCAGCCUGGGCAAGUAGUUAGUGAUUUGGAAGAGGGUGAUCCGGAACAAAUGGAGGAAGAAGUGCCGUUAGAAACAAUUGUGAACUGGUUAGAAAAUCCUCCUAACCUCAAAAAAAUUCCAUUUACUGGGCGCCAAGAACUGAAGGUUGGAAUACCAGGUGAGGGCAAGCCCAUUGACUUUUUCAAGCUCCUGGCAGACGACGAGUUUUUUGAUUUGCUGAUUAGCCAAACAAAUGAUUAUGCUGAACUAGUAUUCCUAAAUGAUCGAAACCCUGGACCACAUUCACGAAUAAGUCGCUGGAAACCGGUGGAUAAGCAAGAAAUUUCAAGAUUUCUGGGGCUCAUAUUCCUUAUGGGGAUUAUUCAGGUACCAAGGCUUAGAGACUAUUGA